CCUCCCGACAGUUUCCGAUUGAGUCGGCGCUGGGAAACGCGGGGCGAGGAGAGGUUCGCAGCGCAUGCGCAGUGCGCGCUCCCUAGACCUGGAUCUGGCCGACUACCUCUGUCAGAUAGUAUUGCCAUAUGAAGUUGAACAUGGCAGAAGAAGAGGACUAUAUGUCUGAUUCCUUCGUUAAUGUCCAAGAAGAUAUCAGACCAGGAUUGCCAAUGCUGAGGCAAAUCCGAGAAGCCCGUCGAAAAGAAGAAAAGCAACAGGAAGCUAAUUUGAAAAAUAGACAGAAGAGCUUAAAAGAAGAGGAACAAGAAAGGCGUGACACUGGGUUGAAAAAUGCACUAGGCUGUGAAAACAAAGGGUUUGCUUUGCUUCAGAAGAUGGGCUAUAAAAGUGGUCAAGCUCUAGGCAAGAGUGGAGGUGGUAUUAUUGAACCAAUUCCUCUUAACGUCAAAACAGGGAAAAGUGGCAUUGGUCAUGAGGCAUUAUUAAAACGGAAAGCAGAAGAAAAAUUAGAAAGCUAUAGAAGAAAGAUUCACAUGAAAAACCAAGCCGAAGAGAAAGCUGCAGUACAGUUUCGGAUGCGACUUAAAAAUAAGCAAGAUGAAAUGAAGCUUGAAGGAGAUCUUAAAAGAAGCCAGCGAGCCUGUCAACAAUUGGAUACCCAGAAGAAUAUUCAGGUUCCCAGAGAGGCAUGGUACUGGUUGAGGCCUGAAGAGGAAACUGAAGAGGAGGAAGAGGAAAAAGAAGAGGAUGAAGAUGAAUAUAAGAGUGAAGAUUUAAGUGUACUGGAAAAACUACAAAUAUUGACUAGUUAUCUAAGGGAAGAACAUCUGUAUUGUAUUUGGUGUGGAACAGCCUAUGAAGAUAAAGAAGAUCUAUCUUCAAAUUGCCCAGGACCAACUUCUGCAGAUCAUGACUAAGAUUAUUCAUAAUCAAGUGAGAAUUGUUUAUUCCAAUAAGGAAAGAGGACUUUCAUAUAAUGCUUUAUUCUUUUUGUACUUUACAAGUACUUGUAUUUUAGAAUAUCAUUGUUUGCUGACCUAAAAAAUAACACAUUUCCACUUUAGAACACAAGUAUGAAGAUUUGGACAAUUAUAAUUUAUGACUGUACUGUGAUGCUUGUGGGAUUAAGGACACAACAGAUAACACUCUUAUUCCUUAUUUAGCUUUGGAACAAACUGAAAAAUAAGACACAGGAGGGAGAACAGCCUUAUUAAUGAUGAAGCAGAAAUAGAGAAAAGGUUGAUGUUUUCUCUAAUCAGACUCCCUAACAUUUCUCCCUGAUUAAAGAGGGCAACAGGCCUCUGCCUUGUAGGGGAAAAGCCCACUGUGAGUUCCCAGGCCAUUUAGCUCUUAAGAGGAAGAAAUUAAGAAAGAUGGAAAGGAAAUAAAUAUAUGUAUAUAUACACAAGAUAGCUCAGAUAUUUGUACUACUAAUUUCUAUUG